CUGUAGACUGUCAUAUCUUCAAAGACUCGUAAAUAUGGCUCCGCCACGUCAGGCUACGCCCGAACUUCGCAAAUCUCUAGCAGAUAGCGAACCCUGGAUGGCCCCAUCAGGUUUCUCGCCGAGCUCUCCUUGGAGGACGAUCGUGAACGGAUCACCGCCGUCCUGCAGCGCUGGGCCAACCCCGCAGCAGCGAGCCACGACAAAGCCGCCCUCGCGGCCUUUGCACCCGACUUCAACCUCCCGCCCGAGCACAUCGAGCACGCGCGCCUGCUCUACUUCUUCGGCUGGGCCGUCACCGUCGACCCAGUGGCUCCGCGUGUUCGCGCAAUGCGCUCGCGGCCCCACACCCGACGACCACUACGGGGGAUACGGCAUGAAAGUCCUGCGCGAGGUCUCGCGCGCGGUGCGCCCAGAUAAUGGGCUCGAGAUCAUCUACGAGCCGGUCGUGCAUCCCGCGGCGCCGUUCACCAGCGAGGGCGGGAGGGACGACGUGUAUUCCGAGAACGCGCACAAAUUCUGGGUCGCGUCGAUCCGCAACACGGCGUUCUUGGACUACUUGUACUUUAAGCUGCCGACGGUGGCGCAGUACAUGUGGCUGCGCGCGGUCAUGCCGGGCGAGCCGCAGUGGUACCGGGGCGUCAUCGGGACAGAGGAGUAUAUCGAGUCGCUGCGGGUCUGCGACACUUAUGCGCAGGUGCAUUGAAGUAACCGCAUGCGCUUUCGAUGUAGUGGGACACGUGUAAGAGUAGACAGGGAUGUGUACAAG